GGGCCGAGCCAUGGCGAGCGGGGCGCGGGGCGCCUGGAGCGAGUGGCCCGUGGAUCACUUCCUGCGCACCGGGCGCAUCGGAGCCAGGGACGGGGCCGCCGUGCGCUGGUUCCACGCCGCCAACAGCCGGGCCCGGGCGGCCGAGGCCGCGCGAAGUGAUGUGCACAUGGUGGAGGUGGAUGUUCUCCUUCGGGGAGGUGACAGGGACCCCAUCCUGGCUCACCCCCCAGACACUGACAGCGACAUCACCCUGCAGGAGUGGCUGGAACAGAUGGUCAGCACCAAUAAAGGCAUCAAGCUGGAUUUUAAGAGCCUGGCCGCCGUGGGACCCUCACUGGAGCUGCUGGGGCAGGUGGGACAGCCCCUGGACAGACCCGUGUGGCUGAACGGGGACGUCCUGCCCGGGCCCUGUGGGAGCUGUGCGCCGCUGGACGCCCACGCCUUCCUGGGCACUGUCACCUCAUCCUGCCCCGAUGCCACCCUGUCCCUGGGCUGGACCACAGGCUGCCAUCAAGGGCAAGGCUACGAGUGGCCCAUGGUGCAGGAGAUGUCCCGGCUGUGCCACCCCCUGUCCCAGCCCGUGACCUUCGCGGUCAGGGCCGCGCUGGUGCCCAGCUCCAUCCCGCAGCUCCGGUGGCUGCUCCAGCAGUCCCACAGAAAGGAGACAGAAUGAUCUGCAGAGAACAGAGGAUAGGAUAACCCAGGAUCACCGGAGAGCCAGCUGAAAACAAGUGAAGACGGGGAAAAGAGCAGGUUUCCCACAUGCAGUCCCAGAAGGAGAAGCUGUGCACCGAGGGAAGCAGAAGAGCACUGGGCCAGGCACAGCCACAACCCCUGGGCACUGGAGGCUCUGGGAUGGGACUUGUGGUCCUGGGUAUAGAGCAGGCAGCUCUGGAUAGCAACUCCAGCUGAGGAUUUCUGCAGAGCUGACAAGGGCAGUCACACAAACGCCCAAAUCCUGAAAACCCCUCAGUAAUGACAUUCUUUGUCACAGCAUCUCAAAGGUGCUAAACCCCGCCAGCACUCUUAAAGCAUUUUCUUAGCAAUUAUAGCUACAGGACAAACAUGAUAAACCAUGUAUCCCUCUGAGAAACAUCAAUUUCCUCUUCUCAGCUCUUUUUCUCCUCUUCCACUCUUCUCUUUCAGGACCCGGCUCUUCAGAUUUUUCAGCCGGCCCUACUCUAACUUGGUUGGCUUCAUUCCUACAGCCCUCCAGGGCAAGCAGAGACAGCACACCCGAGUAACAAGAGAGGCAUAUCCCAGCCUUGUACUUAACCAGGCUUUGUCGCCUCAUCUGUCACCUCCGCUCACCUAAUUUUCUGUCCUGAUUAAGGAACAAUCCUUUCCCCCAAGUCAGCUGCUGCCUCUGCCUGCUCCUACCUUCUUCUGCUAGCAUAACUUUUUAACUACUGUGGGUAAGUUUGGGUUUAGGUUUAAGUCCUCAGCAAAUUAACUGUUGUCUGAUAAAGACAACACAAUUGUCUGUUCCCCAUUAAGAUGUCAAGUGCUACCAGUGCUCUCCCCAGAUAACCUGAAUAGGAUAAUCAUUGCCAUUCUCCCCUUCCUGUUUUUCCGUUGCUCUUCUGUAUAAAUACUAAUAGUAUUUUAUUUGCUAAAUUAGCUAACUUAUUUUUCAGAGUGUACCUUUCUUUUCCAUGGAUUGCUGUCCACGACAGAGAUUUGUUGUUGGAAUGUUCCCAGCUCUGACCUUGAAUAAUACACUGUGGCUCUAACACUACUGAAAACAUCAGCUUUCUACUGACAAAUGGAAAUCGCUGUCCACUGUCAGAUAGGAGAUAAUGAGUAAUAGACAAGCAAUAAAAACAUUUAUGUUUGUUUUUCACUUUUUAUGCAAACCCUCUGGUUUUAGCUAUCUUGUUAAAUCUAGUAUUAUCCUCGAAAAUUAAAAUUUUAAUAUGUUUGGAACAGUUUGUUCCUGGGAAAACAUGAAUGAGGGGGAUUAAAUUAUACCUGUAUAGACUUUUCUUGGUGGUUGGCAAUUACACGGUCACUCAUGAUGCUAUUCAUUGCACUUAGCUGCAUGGAACUGGGUAAAAACAUGACAUUUUCCCCUGUACUGGACAUAAUGAGGAUCUAUGGCUUUUCAAGGAAUCAUUCAUCAAUGAGGUACAGGAGUAAACAAAACAUGGGGAAGAUGCAUUUGGAACACAGUUUUUUUUUUUCUCUUCAAGCCACAGUGUAAGAGAGUUAUUUUUACACUGUGGAGGUUUAACAGGGACCAGGUAACCAUCUUCACAGUACACUCGACAGCAAACUGCAUGUGCUUGCUGAGCACGCAGGCUCACACCCUUCUGCCUACCCAUCCUGAGACAGCAAGCUUUUAACCUUGGUGUGGCUAAAGAGUGGUGCUUGGGGUGUCUGACUGUGGGGUGAACAUGAUUUUGGGUUCAGCUUCACUGCAGUCAAAUGCAUUCUCCCAGUUCUCAGCAGGGCUCUGCAUGUUGAAAACCUGUGGUACAAGAAGUGCUGUCCAAAUAAAGUGCUUCUACUGAAAACCAAACCAAACAAAAAUGCAUCUUUGUGGCAGACAGCCACGCUUGAAGGAACAGCAUUAUGUUCUGAAAAGUUUUAAGUAGGAAACCCAGAAAUUCACAUUUCCACGAAACGUAAAUUAACUUAAUUUGUUGUUGUAUCUGACAAAGAACAUAGUUAAAUCUGGAGAGGACCGAGUGAGACCACAAAAAAUCAAGAAUAACCACUUAUGUUCUCAGCAGGCUUGUUUUUGCACCCAAGUUAAAAGUUCUUUGAAACUGAAAUGAUGCUACAAAACAUCCUGGCCUCAGGGAGCCGUAUCUCUGCCCUUAGGCACACAGUUUCUAAUGUAUGUUGGCUGCAGCUAACAUUGCAUGAAAUCUGUUCUCCCAUUUUUAAUAAAUGUCAGUUGUCCUAAACACAGUACUUUGCAAAGUGUCAGAGCUUUCAACACUGACCUAUAACAGGUAUGUUUUAAACACUUUCGGGAGGUUAUUCUCUUCCCAGGGUCACUGUGACUUGUAUUUAAAAAAAAAACCAAACAACAUGACAUCUCCCUGGUAACAGUCUCUUUCUUCCCCUUCAACAAUGUGCUGUCAAUUUAAAACUCUGGAGACUUCUUGCUGCAUUAUGUAAGCAUAAACUUGUUUUUAUCAAUCGAUGUAACAUCAGUGCACACCGAACAAGAACAUCAAUACAGGGAAGUGCUUACAGUUUCAAAGGAAACAGGAAACGGAGACAACUCAGAGCAGGUGCUGCAACAAAUAUGGUUUUUAUCACCUAGGUGUUGUAGUAAAGUGCCAUGGAAAAUUCAAGGGGUGCUUAUAGCUCAUAUUCUAGGGGAAUA